ACGUCAUCAGUAAAAUAGUGUUCUGUUCCUUGACGAUUUGCCGAAAUUUAAACAAAACUUAAUUAACAAAAAUGUUUACUUUAUGGACAUUGAUUGAAGCUUCCCUUUUAUGUUUGAAUGCAGUAUGUGUAUUGCAUGAAGAACGUUUCUUAGCCAAAAUUGGCUUGGGUGUUCAACAGAUGAAUCAGGAAUUUGGACAACCCACCGCCAAGGGUCAAAUCUUAAAUUUAAUCAGAUCCAUUCGUACAGUAGCCAAGAUUCCGUUGAUAUUUCUAAAUAUAGUGGCCAUAAUAUUUAAAUUAAUACUUGGCUGAAUAAAUAUGCAAAUGUAUGUUUAAUAUCUUAAUAAAUAGUAAUCUUUUAUAUGAAAUUUUA